UUGUUUCUGUUUUUACUCUUACUAUUCCAUCUACCCUUUCACCCAAAACUCCAAAACCAUCCUGAUUUUGCCAUCAUCCAAGACCACCGAUCUUCUUCCACUUUCCGGCACCGGCAGCGUUAUCCGGCAACCCUGCACCGUCCUUCCUUCUUUCUCAAUCCUUUAGUUCUGAGAUAAGUUUAUGAAUCAUCACAUCUCACCACUCAAGCCACAAUGCUUUUUAACAGAUGAUCAAUUCCACAUCUGAAAGAGAACAAAUUUGGUAAAGGUGCAAGAUUAAAACAUGAGAUUCCAGAUCCUAAACUUUUUAAAACUCUCAAUGAAAGCGCUGGUGAUAUUAUUGCUGAUAUUUUUGACAAAUAUCAGCCACUCUGUAGCAUACUCUUCUUCUUCUUCUUCUUCUUCUUCAUCUGAGACGACAAUGCACACUAAUAAUUGGGCUGUUUUAGUCUGCACCUCUCGUUUCUGGUUUAAUUAUCGACAUAUGGCCAAUACUUUGUCAUUGUAUAGGACAGUUAAACGGCUAGGAAUACCUGAUGAGAGGAUUAUACUCAUGCUAGCAGAUGACAUGGCAUGUAAUGCAAGAAACAAGUACCCUGCCCAAGUUUUUAAUAAUGAAAACCAUAGACUUAACUUGUAUGGGGAUAAUGUGGAGGUAGAUUAUCGUGGCUAUGAAGUAAAUGUGGAAAACUUUCUGCGGGUACUAACAGGUCGUCAUGAGGCUGCUGUUCCGAGGUCCAAACGACUUCUUAGUGAUGAAGGAAGUCAUAUUCUUUUGUAUAUGACAGGACAUGGAGGGGAUGAGUUUUUAAAAUUUCAGGACUCAGAAGAGCUUCAAAGUCACGAUUUAGCUGAUGCUGUGAAGCAAAUGAAAGAGAAGCACCGGUUUAAGGAGCUGCUGAUAAUGGUGGACACCUGCCAAGCUUAUACCCUGUUCUCACAGCUUCAAUCACCAGGUGUUUUGGCAAUUGGAAGUAGCAUGAAAGGAGAGAAUUCAUAUUCGCAUCACUUGGACUCAGAUGUGGGUGUUUCAGUUGUUGAUCGUUUUACAUUCUACACUCUUGCCUUCUUUGAGAGGCUGAAUAUAUAUGACAAUGCUUCAUUGAGCAGUCUUUUCAGUUCAUAUAAUCCAAAUUUGUUGAUGUCAACUGCACAUUACAGAAUGGACCUGUAUAAACGACAUUUGGAGGAGGUACCUGUGACAAACUUUUUUGGCUCUGUAAUGAAAACAAUACACACUGAUUCAGCCUACAGGUCUCAGGCGAAUAAAUUUUUUGGUUCUAAAACUAAAAGGUCUUUGGAUCAAUCAAUCUCCGACAUUGACAGAAGAAUUUUGAGAAACUCUGAUAAUGAGGAUCAAUUAAGUACAGAGGAACAUUUUCAUGGUGUUGGACAACUAUGGAAUACUAUUCUCAGCAAAGUGAAUCCUAUUGAAAGCAUUGAUGCUUUUGUGUGCUAUGGCCUUGUUUCAAUGCUUCCUCUGUUGAUAGUUUCUGCGUGGCUAUCAUUGUAGAUGAUUGCAGCGAUGUUCUUUUAUGUCAGAUGUUAUGGUUGCUUGCAAUGCAAUUUCACUUGAAAGAGCAGAUUAUUAAGGAUUGCAUUAUUUAUGUGAGCGCAUAGGUCUGAGAGAGCGGCAUAUAAAACUGUAUUCUGGUAGUCAGUUAUUUUCCCUUGGUGGUGGGGCGAUGUCGUGGUUCCUCGUGUUCUGGUAAUACAGAUCCAUGGUAGUGUAUUGCUAAAUGAAGAGAUCCUUUGUGGUGGUAUGAUUUUCUCAUCUUUACAGCUUUAGGGGAUUAACUCAAUAGUAGUUUUAGAUGUGAAUUCAGCUAAGGUAAAUUUUAUGUGUAAUGUACGAAUGCAUGAUGGACUCAUGUCUUUUAUGAAAAUUUUCUAACAAGUAUUUAACAUACAUUAUUAGAAGACUUGAUAUGUUUUUAGGUGCAA